AUGGUCGCCGAGGGCUCCCCACCCUCGGACCUGGUCCAGCGGCUGGUGCUGGCCAGCGCAGCGGACCUCCCCGCCCCCCAGCUGCUGCGCUGGCUGGCGAUCGCUUUUCUGGGCGCCAGCCCCGACCCCGAGGCCGGCACCCCCAGCACGCUGGACAUGCUGGCCGCCCUGCUGGCGGGGCACUAUGAGCGCGCUUUCUUGCUGACACAGGGCGGUGGCGUGUCCAGUGGCGCGGCGUCGGGCCGCGGCAGUGCCGGCUCACCGGGGUCAGCCCAGCUGGCCCCCGCGCUGGCCGUGCUGCACGCGCUGGCGGCUUACCGGGCCGGGGACGCGCGGCGCGCGCAGCGCGCCGUGGACGCCGCGCUCCACGCCGCGCCCGCCGCGCCGGGCCUCUGGCUCGCGCUGGCGGCGGGUCUGGCGCGGGAGGGGCGCGGCAUCGUCGCGGCGCGCUGCGCCCUCCGUGCCGCCGUGGCGGGAGGACCGCGCGCCACGCGCCCCUGGGACGCGCUGGCCCUCCUGCUGGCGGCCGCGGGCCGGCCCGACCUCGCCGACAUCAGCGUGCACUCCCGCCAGCACCUGGCGGCCACGGGCGGGGGCUUUCAGGGCCUCGAGGCCGAGCUCCUGGGGGAGCUGCGCCGCAUGCAGGAGGGCUCCUGA